AUGAUACCGAUGGUGGUCGAUCAGGAUGGCCGUAUUGAAAGAGUUUAUGACAUUUAUUCACGAUUGCUCAAAGAUCGUAUUGUUUGCGUGAUGACGCCGAUAAAUGAUCAGGUAGCUGCUUCCAUUAUUGCACAGCUUCUCUUUCUACAAGGUGAAAGUGCAAAAAACACUAUCAAUAUGUAUAUAAUGUGUCCUGGUGGCAGCGUGACUGCUGGUUUAGGUAUUUAUGACACGAUGCAGUAUAUCAGCGCUCCAGUAGCAACUUGGUGUAUUGGACAGGCUGCAAGUAUGGGUAGUCUUUUGCUGUCUGCUGGUGCGAAAGGAAUGCGCACGUCGUUACCCAAUGCUCGUAUAAUGGUUCAUCAGCCAAGCGGUGGCGCCGAGGGCCAAGCAUCCGAUAUUUUGAUUCGAGCUGAAGAGAUUGGCAGACUCAAAACACGACUGAACAAAAUUUAUUCUAUCCACACUGGACAGGAUAUCAAAGUAAUUGAAGAAGCACUAGAUCGUGAUAGAUAUAUGAGUCCAGAAGAAGCCAAGCAAUUUGGUAUAAUUGAUCAAAUAGAGGCUUCUGCAUUUGAUUUAUAA